AUGGACAACAUAGUCAUCUCCGAAGGCAAGCAGACGAAGGAGAAGAUUAAGCGACACUUGGAAAAUCUCGAUAGCAAGGUGGAGGCGUUGGAUGUGUUUGCCGAUCUCACCUCCAAGAGGAUGCAGACCAUGAACAUACACAAGGAAAUGAUGCAUCUGAGCUCCGUCCUGAGCGGUGUGGUGAUGGCCUUGAGCAAUGGCAUGGGAGGGUUUACAUCCCCGGAAAACUACCAGGCGGAUGGCAAGAGCAUCAGCUCAUAUAGUUUAGUUUAG